UACAUACAUUCAACAUAGUAGGUUCUUGAUGCAUGGUUGAUUUAGACAAGUUCACUAUAAGUAGCGGAACUCCGGUCGUUAUUGAAAAUAUGACGGACCUUUCGGAGAAGAAAACGCUUCCGAUCCUGGACAGUGAUGAAGCAAAAGCGUAUGUGCGGCAACGACUGCGGCAGCACUUCGGGCUUGUUGCCUCGGAGAAGGAGGAAAAUGCUUUUGCUGAGAAGGAGGAGAAAAGCGGAAGUUCGGUUGACGAAGCAAACACAGUAUUAGAUGACAAAGUUGUAACGGAGAUGGCUCAUGCCACGCAAGUGGACGAGAAAGCGGACAAGAAAGACGAGGACGGCUCUUGGUCUGAGCUUCUUCGUAAAGUCUAUCAAGACCGGAAAAAGCAGUGGCUAAGUCCAAUGCAGCAUCAUCCCGCUAACGUAGACGAUCGAAUAGGGGCCAACAAAGCAGAAUAUAUCCGGAAUGUGAAAUUCUCAUAUCUUCUUGAAAAGGAUCAAGUGCUCGCAGAAGAUCAUGCGCGUAGUGGAAGUACCUCCGAACGAAGUGUCACUUGUGUUGAGGAAGGUAAUCUCAAUGUUGGCUACGGGUCUACUGGGGUCACAAUGGAGCAGGCUUUACAUCUCUUAUUCCGUAUGGAGCAUGAUGGCCCGAAGAACUACGCGACCCACAAAAAUGUCGAAAUCACGCUGAAAGUUGAUGGACACCCAAGGGCUUUCAUCGUGAUAGAACCUGGCCUAUUGUCGAUCGUGGUGAAUCAUUCUGGCUGUAUUCUGUAUGUUUUAGCGGAUCGAAACUGGCUGUUGGAGAUGAGCAAGACAAGACCUGUUGCUGGCAAAAGCAGGAAGAAAAUAAUGGGAGAGGAAGGAGAGGCGAAGGAGGACGAUGGAACAACAAUAGGGAGUGGCACCGGAGAUGAGAAAUCAUCAUCGCCUGAUGCUGAACAAGUCAACGUCGCUGAUACCGCAAAACUCGCAAAAAUUGCUGCUUAUGAAAAGCUCUUUGAUGACAUUGACGACGACAAACUACAAGGAGAAGCACAAGCACAUGAACAAGCACCAGGUGCAGAGGACAGUACUAGUACACGUAUUGUAGGAGCAGGAGUAAGGAGUAAAGCUCCUGCUGAGGCCGACGCGUCUGACAUCACGGGCGCAGCUAAGAUCAGAAGAAAUAAAGUUGCCUACGAAGCUGAGUUUUGGGAGUCGUUGCCGUUUUCUUUCUACGAAACCAAAUACAGCAAAAAGAACCGUGACCAGCUCGUGGACCAGGAGACAAAAGUUUCCUUUAGGACUGAAAUUGGAGAGCUCAAUUUGGCCCCAUCGGUCUCUAGACCUUCAGAAUCUUCGACCUUUUGCGUCGAGUCAAAGUUGCAUUCCCUGAACGAAUUCUUUGAGCGGAGAGGAGCUUACUCCGUUACACCUGCAGCUACUGGUUGGGAUCACAAAAAAACUCAGCCUAGUAACGCUAUGAACGGGAGUGAAGGCAACGAUAAGAAGAACGACGAACAGAAGACUGCCGUAGACGAGCUAAAGACAUCGAGUAGCUCAAGUUCUUGUACAAGUGUGUGCAUCCUUCGCACGAAGUACCAAGGGGCCAUUUGGGAGGAAGCAGAGCCUUUUGCGAGACUGCACAUGCGUUGCGCGGACGUACAGUUCCCGAGAAAUACGACGAUCAAUAUCGAGUCCGCCAUCGAGGAGGAGCAGUACAAUGUCUAUCGCAAAACAAGGGACCGCAUGCGUGCUUUCGGUUUCGCCGAGGAGCCAGCUGAUGACGAUAAUGAAAAUCCUCUAAAACAAAAUGAGGACGAUAACAAAAGUAGCGGUGUAGCAGGAGAUGAUGAUAGCAGCCUUACUUCCGCAGAGAAGAAUAGCAACAAGACAGAUGUGGUGGACGAGAGCAAGAAGUUUUCACCUACGUCAAGAGUUUCCGGUAAGCAUCAAGCCGAGCAGGGUCAAGUUUUCCAUUUCGGGCCGCAGCAUCACUGUAUGGUUCGGCUUUUCGCGGAGGCUGAUAGAUGCGACGAGAUUUGGCAAAAGCUUGUUAUCUUUGAUAUCAGGAAGCCUGAUGGGUCUCGGUACGAAAGGAAGGAGAUCGAAACCUUUCUCGACAGCUCUCUUCUGGAUUCAUCUAGGAGUACUACUUCCUCGAUUGCAACAAGAACUGCAAGCGCAACAAAUGGGAAUGAGGCAACGAGCUCCACCGAUACGGCUUGUAGUACAACUUUAACAAAAUUAUCACAUGGCACAGCGUUAACGAGUAAAGAAAAUGUUGCAGCUCCUCAAGAACAAGAACAGAAAGGCCCUUGUUGCGUUUUGGCCCCUCUGGUAAUGCAUCUGUCGCUCGCCGAGUUGAUGCAAUCGUCAGGCAGCUUUGGAAACCUUUAUGGCAAACGCACAGCCACUCUCUCGCGAAAUCUCUAUUUUCCAAGAAACACGAGCGUUAACCCUUUUUUCGCGCAGCUCGAACACGCUUUAGCACCGAACCUUUCCUUAGAUCAGCAGAAAUUGGAAGUCGAUAAAAUGGACAACUUCUUAAGCGAAGGUUACGUUUUUCGGUUUUGCAAUAUACCUUUGGUGGAGAAAACAGAUCAGAUUCAGUUCCAGGGAAGUACCGUGAUGAACCCGAAUUUUGGCGAAUUACUAGUCAAAUACAAAAAUUUGGAUUUCGACAAAUUCAUUGAUUUGAGGAAUCACCAUAAGAAUGCUGGAGGUGAUGCUUGUCCUGCCUCCUCGAAAAAGAAUGUUAAAAAAGGGAAGGGUGACAAACACAAAGUAAUUAUGUUCUAAGAUCGAGCUAAGACGCACUAGUACAGAAUCAUAUGGUGAUGUAGAAAGGUUUUGUUUAGUGGAGAAAGAAGAAGUGCCAUCAUUUUUAUUGCACAGUGGUUCUCUGACAGAUCUCAUUGUUCACGAGCUGACAUUUAUUCCAUGGUUGUAAUUGUUUGCUUUGAAAGACACAUCAUUCGUUUUGAUGCUUCAGUGGCUGACAUAAGAUGAAAACUGUCUUGGAAAUGCUCAUACGAGGAGGUGGCGGCUUUCAAUUGAAAUUCUACCCUCGCCAUUGGCUUUGGAAU